CGUUAAACUAAUUUACGAAUGUUGCAUAGCUAGGCAGCUAACUAUCGAAUGAUUUACCAGACAUAAUUUCAAAUGAGACGAUGUAGCUAGCUAAUGCAUCCAUUAUGAAAUAAUUUUGCAAUGUUUUACCGACAGCUUUGCAAAUUGAAAAUGCCAUUGAAUGCAAUUGAACUGUUUAGCACAAUCCAUGGAAGACGCGACAUUAAAUACCAGUCAUAUGGACCAAGAAAAUGAUACGGAACGUUUUUGUGCAGUUAUAACGAGGUAGCUAGCUAGCAAGCCAGGACAUUGGAUAAAUACAACAGCGUUGCAAGUGAAACACCUACAUAGCAGCUUGACAGCUAAACUUGGUCUGUCUGUGUGCGUGGAGUGCCUAUGGCGGAGUUUGGAGAGAACGACGGCUCAUCUCCAUCGAAUACUGGGGAUUCGGUGGCUUUGCCCAGUGAUAAAACAUACGGGAAGACGCAGUGCGAAGUAUCGGUCUUCAAUGGGGACUGUGGGAUACCGGCAGACAUGGUUGGAUCAGAAACGUUACAUGACAGCCCAGGGCUUGAAACCGCCUUUAACUCCUCUGUCAGAUUGGAUUCCAAAUCCGGAAUACCACGCAGGAGCAGCAUUAUAAAGGAUGGCUCGAGGCAGCGCAGAGAGAGGAAGAAGACGGUUUCGUUCAGCAGCAUGCCCACUGAGAAGAAGAUCAGCAGUGCGAGCGACUGCAUCAACGCCAUGGUGGACGGCUCUGAACUGAAGAAGGUCCGCUCCAACUCCCGCGUUUACCACCGCUACUUCCUCCUGGACGCCGACAUGCAGUCUCUAAGGUGGGAACCCUCCAAAAAAGAGUCAGAGAAAGCCAAAAUUGAUGUCAAGUCCAUCAAAGAGGUGCGGACAGGGAAAAACACAGAAACGUUUAGGACCAACGGAAUAUAUGAUCAGAUAUCCGAGGACUGUGCCUUCUCAAUCAUCUAUGGGGAAAACUAUGAGUCUUUGGACUUGGUUGCAAACUCUGCCGAUAUGGCAAACAUAUGGGUGACCGGGCUUAGAUACCUGAUAUCCUAUGGGAAACACACCUUGAAUAUGAUUGAAAGCAACCAGAACAACAUGCGCUCCUCCUGGCUCGGUGACCUCUUCGAGGAGGCUGAUGCCAACAACAGCAAGCACAUCAGUCUAUGUGCUGCUGUGCAGCUAAUUAAAAACCUAAACCCUGGUCUCAAAAACAUUAAGAUUGAACUCAAGUUCAAGGAGUUUCACAAAUCUAAAGAUAAGGUGGGAUGUGGUGUGACUAAGGAGGAGUUCAUUGAAGUCUUUCAUGACCUUUGCACAAGACCAGAAAUGUAUUUCCUUCUUGUCCAGUUCUCUAGCAACAAGGAAUUUCUAGAUACCAAGGACUUAACUAUGUUUCUGGAGGCUGAGCAGGGUAUGGCACAAGUAAGUGAAGACACCAGUCUGGCGGUCAUUCAGAGCUAUGAACCUUCCAAAGAGGGGCAGCUCAAGGGCUGGCUCUCCCUUGAUGGGUUUACCAAUUAUCUCAUGUCGCCAGAGUGCCACAUCUUUGACCCUGAACAAAAAACAGUGUGUCAGGACAUGAACCAGCCCCUGUCCCACUAUUACAUCAACGCUUCCCACAACACAUACCUGAUCGAGGAUCAGUUUAGAGGCCCCUCUGACGUUACAGGGUACAUCCGUGCCCUCAAGAUGGGCUGUCGUAGUGUAGAACUAGAUGUCUGGGAUGGACCAGAUAAUGAGCCUGUCAUUUACACUGGCCACACAAUGACCUCACAGAUAGUCUUCCGCAGUGUCUGUGACGUCAUCAACAAAUAUGCCUUUGUUGCAUCUGACUUUCCCCUGAUAUUGUGUCUGGAGAACCACUGCUCUUUAAAGCAGCAGAAGGUCAUGUUUCAGCACUUGAAAAAGAUUAUUGGUGAUAAGAUUCACAUGAAUCCACCCUCAUCUGAAGACAGCUACCUGCCCUCACCCUUUGACCUCAAGUGUAAAAUCCUGCUGAAGGCGAAGAAGCUGGGCGCAAUCUGCAUCGGCUCGGAGGGCGAAGUGACUGAUGAGGAUGAGGGGGCUGAGAUGUCCCAAAGAAUGAACAUUGAAGCCGACGAACAACAGAGCAUCCCACUGAUAAAGUUCCAGCUGUCCAAGGACCUCUCUGAUCUGGUAACGUUGUGUAAAUCGAUUGCGUUCAAAGACUUCCCAACUGCUUUCCAAAGCCAGAGGCACUGGGAACUUUGCUCGUUCAAUGAGGUCUUUGCCAGUCGCUGUGCCAGUGAAUUCCCAGGCGACUUUGUUAACUACAACAAGAAAUUAUUGGCGAGAGUCUACCCCAGCCCAAUGCGGAUUGACUCCAGUAACAUGAACCCUCAGGACUUCUGGAAGUGUGGUUGCCAGAUCGUGGCAAUGAACUACCAGACCCCCGGCCUGAUGAUGGACCUAAACAUUGGCUGGUUCCGUCAGAAUGGGAACUGUGGUUAUGUGCUGCGACCAGCCAUAAUGAGGGAGCAGGUGUCAUAUUUCAGUGCCAACACUAAAGACUCAGUGCCUGGUGUGUCUCCUCAGCUCUUGCACAUAAAGAUCAUAAGUGGACAAAACUUCCCCAAACCAAAAGGCUCAGGCGCCAAAGGAGAUGUUGUUGACCCUUACGUCUAUGUGGAGAUCCAUGGCAUCCCUGCUGAUUGUGCAGAGCAAAGGACUAAAACUGUCAAUCAGAAUGGGGAGAACCCACUGUUUGACGAAAGCUUUGAGUUUCAGAUAAAUCUACCUGAGCUGGCCAUGGUGCGCUUUGUGGUGCUUGAUGAUGACUACAUUGGCGACGAGUUCAUUGGCCAGUACACAAUCCCCUUCGAGUGUCUCCAGCCGGGAUUCCGGCACACACCGUUACAAUCGCUAACAGGAGAAGUCCUUCCCCACGCCUGGCUGUUUGUCCAUGUGGCCAUCACCAACCGAAGGGGCGGGGGCAAGCCUCACAAGAGGGGACUGUCUGUGCGUAAGGGCAAGAGAAGUCGGGAGUACGCCACCAUGAGGGUGCUGGUCAUCAAGGCUGUGGAUGACAUCUUCAAGACAGCCAUACUGCCACUGAGGGAAGCCACCGACCUCAGAGAAAACAUGCAGAAUGCCAUAGUGCCCUUCAAGGAACUAUGUGGCCUCUCGGCGGUGGCCAACCUGAAGCAGUGCAUCCUGGCCCUGUCCUCCCGGCUGACAGGGGCUGACAACAACACCCUCCUGGUGUUCAACCUCAAGGACCAGUACCCCACCAUGGAACCCCAGGGCCAGCUACCAGAUGUCCUGAAGAAGGUGGUCACCACCUAUGACAUGAUGAUCCAGACCAGCAAGACUCUGCUGGAGAACUCUGAGGGAGUCUAUGACCGAAUACUGCUAACCCAGAAAGCAGCGAUGGCGUUCCAUGAGAACCUCCAUGACAUGGCGGUAAAGGAGGGCCUGAAGGGCAGGAAGCUGGCCAAGGCUGUGGAGAGCUUCACCUGGAACAUAACCAUCCUCAAGGGCCAGGCAGACCUGCUAAAGCACGCAAAGAGUGAGGUCCAGGAGAGCCUGAAGCAGAUCCACUAUGCCGCCCUCACCUGUAACCUCAGUAAGGACGGGCCUUCAGGGAGCACGGCGGGCUCCGAGUCCAGGGCCCGACCACGCAGCCUGGACACCAUCCCUGAGAAAGCCACGGGGGAGGACUAGCUCUCUGAGGAGGACAACUGAAGGCUUACGCCCUAAACCCUUCAUACCUCCAAGCCCCUUGCCCUACCCUAGUGGCAUACAUAAAUCUCCUUACCGCAGUCCCACACAAACCUAACUACAGUAUACCUGUUCUAGUGCCGUUGCCACACACAACUAUUCUUAUUCCAGUGCCGUAUACAACCAUUCCAUUCCCACCCCAACCUCCCUUUGCUUAACCAGGUACCACACAAAAAGCCCUUAACCCCUCCUGCCCACCUCAACGUCCAACAGCAAGAUGUUGCAGGUCAACUAGGAGGGUCAAGUGAACUUGCAGCCACGGGACAGUCUUAAAGCCGUGACCUACUGUAGAGAGAGUGCACUUAUUUAAAGGCAGACCCCAGGGUCUGACCCUAGGAGAGCUGCUCUAAAGGGUCCAAGGAUUUCUUAAGCACAAUUUAUGGAUUUCUGACCAACCAGAAAUUAGAGCUGUGAAUAUAAUAGGAAACAGGAACAAUGGAGAGAAGGAAAGAAGAAAAGGGAGGCGAGAGCUGUUUACAAUAAUGAACUUGUUCUUGUCUGCCAAAAUAGUAUGUUUAUAUAUGGAGUUCUGUUACUUUUUUUGCAGCGUGCUUCAUUUUAUUAUUGUAUUCUUGAGAAAUAAGAUUUAUUUUGUAAAGGAAAUGGCUCGUCCAUGAAAAAUAACUAUUUUAUUUGUCUGUACAGAUGUGAAAUUGUGUCCUUUACACUUUCCCACUGGAGAGUACCUUUGUCGAGACGAGGGACGGAUAGAGACUUUCAACCUCAGUGUGUGGUCCAAAGGGUGGCAGUUGGAGUCUUAAACACAACCAGAAACUGCUUAGGGAAGGAACCAUGGAGAGAAUAACUCGUUAGGUCUACGUUUUGGUAUCAUUCCACGUGAGAGGCUUGAGUAAGGUGUACAAAGUAAUAAUAGCUUCUCAACCCGUCCUGGUAACAAAACAAAACCCUAUUCAUGAAUACGGUUUCAUAUAUGACUGUGCCUCAUUGCUACAAAUCAGUCAACAAAAGGGAUAGGUGGUGAGGAAAGAGCUGCUCUUCCUCGCAUCCAUCUGUCUUAACCUGCUUUUGCCCACCAGUUGCUUCUAGUUUGUAUUUUGUUCAUUCUCUCCACAGUGCUGAAACAGCGUUGCUCCUGGUCAACUUUAGCCACCCACCACCACCUCUGGAUCUCACCCACCAGUGUUUUAACUGGGCCACACUGGGACAAAAAGUCAUUCACAAACUUCAGUGUCGUGACAGUUGUUGUAUUUAUAACUGUUGUUAACCAUUUUUACCGAUGGAGAGAAAAAGAAGAAAAAAAUACCAGUUUUGCUUUUCUGUUAAUUCCUGAAACCUUCAUAAUAAACCACGUUAAAUCAUU